AGUGAGAGCUGCGAGGCAGCGUUCCGUUCCACGACGGAUCUAGCUAGCUAGCUACAGCGUUACCUCAUAGGCUCAUACCUCCCAUGGCGUCCAGCUCGAGCACGUCGAGGAGCAUGCCGGCGGUGUGCGCCGUGCUCAUCCUGCUGCUGCUGCUGUCCGCGGCCUCACGUUGCGAGGCCGACCACCUGCAGGUGACGGUGGCCGGCCGGAGAAUGCUGGCCGGUGGGAGCAAUGCCGCCACCGUCUACUCGAGGGAGGCGGCGACGGCCGUGGCGAAUAGCGCGCGGCGGUCAGCAGAUGGGAGGGCGGCGAUGCCUUACUCCGAGUCGAAGAGGUCCAGCCCCGGCGGCCCGGACCCUCAGCACCACUAAUUAGGUAAGCUCGCACGAACGUGCAAGCGCUUGUAAAGUAGCCUGUGUCCGUUAAGGAC